AUGCUCAAAGCCAAUGCGGGUGUGGUUUCAACCACCCUAUUGUUCCUUGCGUCCGUGACGGAUGUCAUCGCCCAGACAUGCGACCUCCCGUCUACCUAUCACUGGACAUCGACUGGCGCGCUGGCCACCCCCAAAUCCGGAUGGGCUUCGCUCAAGGACUUCACCACCGUCACUUACAACGGUCAGCACCUCGUAUACGCGUCGACUCACGACCAAGGCUCAACCUGGGGCUCGAUGAACUUUGGUCUGUUUUCUGACUGGUCUCAAAUGGGCUCUGCAUCUCAAAACACAAUGACCCAGUCUGCCGUCGCGCCCACCAUCUUCUACUUCCGGCCCAAGAAUGUCUGGGUCCUCGCCUACCAAUGGGGUCCAACUCAGUUCUCUUACAAGACCUCGAGCGACCCCUCCAUCGCGAAUGGGUGGUCCGCGGCGCAGCCCAUGUUCUCCGGAACCAUCUCCGACUCCAGCACCGGUCCCAUCGACCAGACGCUCAUUGGCGACAGCACGAACAUGUACCUGUUCUUCGCCGGCGACAAUGGCAAGAUCUACCGCUCAAGCAUGCCAAUUGGAAACUUCCCGGGCAACUUUGGCACCGCCUCGACGGUUGUCAUGAGCGACACGACUAACAACCUAUUCGAGGCUGUCCAAGUGUACACCGUCAAGGGCAAGCAGCAGUACCUCAUGAUUGCCGCAACUGAGAGCAACCCCUUUGCUGGCAAGGCCAACAGCGGUGCUACUUGGACCAACGAUAUCAGCCACGGUGACUUGGUUCGCAGCGAUCCAGAUCAGACCAUGACUAUCGAUCCGUGCAACCUUCAACUGCUCUACCAGGGACGGUCCCCUAGUUCAAGCGGCGACUACGGCCUGCUGCCCUACCGCCCGGCAGUUCUCACGCUGCAGCGAUAG